GGCACCCCAUAAGUCACCGAAUGGUGUUCCUGAAAGCUGUUAUUAUUGCUAUGAGUAUAUUGCUGCUGUUCUGCAUUAUAACUGGACUUGCUGUUAAAUACAAUCAAGCACAGAAUGAACUAAUGGAGUCACAGGAUGCUCUGGAAAAGAUGAAAGGAUCACUUUUGGAUAUGAAUUCAACCUUGUCACACCAGCUAGAAAAAUACAAGGAGACACAGCUGCAACUGCAUGAUAUCCUAGUUACACUGGAGACAGCAAAUAACUCAUUAAGGAGCUGCAAUACAUCUCUGGAAGCAUGCGUAAAAGAAAAGCAAUUGCCAAAAGAAUGCCCUAAAGGCUGGAUAUUUUUUAAAAACUGUUACACGUUCUCCAACAAGAAAGACACCUGGAAAAAUGCCAAAGAAUAUUGUGAGCAAAAAAAGUCCCAUCUUGUUGUAAUCAACACAGGUCCUGAGCAAGAUUUUCUGUCCAGAGAAAUGACCGAACCUCUUUACUGGAUUGGCUUAACAGAUCAAGGACAAGAAGGAAAAUGGCGAUGGGUAGAUGGCACAGCUUAUGACAAGGGUCCAAAAUGGGGAAAUAUUAGAGCUUGA